AUCUCCGGUUACUUUCACACUUCACUUGUCACAUGGCCCUCAUCUAAAAAAAAACGCUAAAAAUUCAAAAUUCUCGUUCACAGAUGUCAAACUUAAAUUAAAAUCCCUCAUGUUUAACAAAUAAAAACAUAUAUUGUGUAAUGCAACAGAUAAAAUGACUCCUCCAUUGAACAGAUAUUUAUUUGAUGUAAUAUGAAGAAAUUGUCAAGACGAAAGUCUUACUUUCGCCGGAAAUGGCAGCGGUACCAAUAAUAAAGUGUACAUCGAAAGAGCAAUUGGCCGGCAUGAAAUUGACAGAUGAGAAGAACGAUGAAAAAUUGGAGAAGAAAUUGACAGUGCUCGAAUCACACGGUUACACUCUCGGGAAGACUAUAGGCGCGGGAACAUAUGCCACCGUCAAAAUCGCGAAGUCCGAUCGACACAAUUGCCAAGUGGCGGUGAAGAUAGUCUCGAAGUUCCAGGCGCCCGGAGAACACCUCACGAAAUUUCUACCUCGCGAGAUCGAGGUGGUUAAAGGAUUAAAACAUCCGAAUCUCAUUCACUUUCUGCAGGCGAUAGAAACCACACAUCGGGUGUACAUUAUUAUGGAAUACGCGCAGAACGGCAGCUUACUUGAUAUUAUACGACGCUAUACUUAUAUUGACGAGUUGCGUAGCCGCAGGUGGUUCCGGCAGCUUCUGGACGCCAUCGAUUACUGCCACGAGCACGGCAUAGUGCACAGAGAUGUAAAGUGCGAGAAUCUGCUCAUGGAUCGUAACUUCAAUAUUAAAUUGUCCGACUUCGGAUUCGCGCGUGGACAAAUGAAACAGACGAAGGGGGGCCAGUGGCCCCUCAGUACGACUUAUUGCGGCAGUUACGCUUACGCGUCGCCCGAAAUUCUGCGGGGCAUCCCUUACCAGCCUCAACUCUCCGACAUCUGGUCCAUGGGCGUGGUGCUUCAUGCUAUGGUUUACGGUCGGCUGCCGUUUGAUGAUACGAAUUACAUGCGACUGCUAAAGCAAGUACAAAACAGAGUGGUGUUUCCUAAACGUCCUAAAGUCUCUCAGUCAUGUCGUUCUCUCAUUGCCCGUAUAUUAGUACCACAAUUCGCACGAUUGCGCAUCAAUAAUAUAAAAAGCGACGCUUGGCUCGAGACGUCUGUUGUCGCUCAAACGUCAAUAAACGACAGUUUUAGCGAAGUACUGCCUACAACACCUGCAACUAAAAAAUCCGAAGAUGAGUGUGCAGUAACAGUUACUCCUGCGACUUUUCAAGAGAAUGAGAAAUCAAAAGAUGCUAUCCAAGAUAACACGGAGAACAGGAAGACUGACUUAAACGCAAAAUUAUAAGCUGUGCCAGUAUUAUAAAGAAGAAAGCAGCCAGUGCCGUAAGUACUUUUUGCCUGUCCUUGCUGCAGACACAUCUGACCUACUAAAGC